AAUCUACUCGAAUCCAAUGCCAAAGGACACAUCAGAGGACUCUACCACAGAGAUCACAAGGAUGUCAGAAGACAAAAUCUACUCGAAUCCAAUGCCAAAGGACACAUCAGAGGACUCUACCACAGGUACAAACAUUUCAGAAAAGAUGUCCGGUGAAGUUCAGGCAAAAGGAAAUGAUCAGAGUUCUGAGGAAGCAAAUUGUUGCCAGUUAAACGUGGAUGAGAUGGGUCUCCUGAAACUGAAGAUAACCAUCCUGGCCGUCCUCUGUGUCAUCCUUGGAUCUUUUCUUGUGGCUUUUCAAGUGCUAUAUUUUUUGAGGGUGGAGAAUGCAGAUAAGUUGGGAAUGCCGCAAGAGGAGUGUGAUAAUGCCACUGCCACUGCCAUGACAAGGAGUUUGGAGGCUAACCUUACAGAAACUGAAAGGAUGUUAAUUGAGCAGAAAAACAGAAAUGAUGAUCUCACCAAGGAGAACACAAAGCUGAAGACUGAGCUACAAGGAGCAAAGUGUGCUGAUGACUGGGAGUACUUCGAUGGAUCAUGUUACCACUUCUCCACUGAUGUGAUGAACUGGACUGAGAGCAGAGAUGCCUGUGUGACUAUGGGAGGACACCUGGUCAUCAUUACCAGUCAACAAGAAAUGGAUUUCCUGAAGACCAAGACUGAACAUCACUGGAUUGGUUUAACUGAUGUUCAGGAAGAGGGCAAAUGGCGCUGGGUGGACAACACACCCCUCACAAACCCAAAGUUGCUUUUGGGGCGUAAACCAGCCAGAUAA